AUGCAGAAGACAGAUGGUAUUAGAAUCCCGGGCAUUAUUUUGGAUGAGUUGAAGACUCUCGAUUACAGUCAGGAUGAAAGGUUUUCUACUGCAGACGAUAAAAAGAGAAAAAGAGGAAAUGGUAAACAUAUGAGUCGUAAAGAAAAGAGAAAGAUACAACGUGCUGAAAAGAAACAGAAAAGCAUUCCAACUAGGGAAAGGACUCCUACACUUUUAAGACCAACGUCUACGCUCAAAGAGAGGGGUGCAAAUUCAGUUAAGAAGGAUGUAGUUAACCAAGUCAGCAGCAGACGUUCCAUUUCUUCAGAAGUGAGCGAAGAUCUAGACGAUCAAGGGUUUCCUGGCGAGGAAUUGAGCGAUGAUGACUACGAUGAGGCAUUCGGUGAUGACGAUUUUGAUGAAAAGCUAGAAGUGGAUGGUGAGCAAACAAUGUCUGUUGAAGACACAAUGAAAGAAUUGGAAUUAUUGAAGCAGAAAAAAACUAAUGGAAAAGGAGCUGAAAAGUUUGGAAAACAUGAGGGAAAAUCCAAUGAUAAAAGGCAUAUUCAAAGUGAAGGUACAAGUGAAGAUUUUAUAAGUUAUCCGUUGGCACCUUCAGAUAGAGCAGCUUUUGAAAGAGAUGAAAUGGAUAUGCAAUACUAUGCGAAGAAACUUGGCUUAAAGGGAGAGAAGAGGACUAUACGUGCGAAAGAUGAAUUUGAUGCUAUUGGUGGACUUCUGGAAGGCUUGGACUAUUUCGAAGAUUACGGUAAAGAUGACGAAGAGUACGGAGAUUUUGCGGCAGUAUCCAAAUCUGUGAAAGAUGAUGAAGGCGAACGUGAGAAAGCAUUCUCCUCUGAUGACGAUCUUUCGACUUCUGAUUUUGAAAAUUCCGAUGAUUUUGAUCAAUCUAGCGACGACAGCGUUGCGGAAUCAGACGAUAAUGAAACAAGAGAAAAGGAAAACCCGUAUGUUGCCCCAACACAGCCUGAAGGGAGUUAUAUUCCACCCUCGCUGAGAAAAAAAUUGAUUGAUCAUGACGGUAACGCUGCUUUGUCUGAAAUUAGGAAAAGGGUUAAUUCAUCGUUGAACAAGCUUUCAGAUUCCAACAUUGCUAUUAUUAUUACUGAAUUGAAUGGUUUGUAUGAUUCGUUCCCAAGGCAGUAUGUGACAGAAUCGUUGACCAAAGGAAUUUUAAUUAUCAUCAGCCAAAACCAAAAGUUAUUGGACGGAUUCAUAAUGAAUUACGCUGCUGUUGCCUAUACUUUAUGGAAACUAAGAGGUAUUGAAAUGGGUGCAUUCUUUAUUCAGAAAACAGUAGAAAGCUUUUUACAACACUACAAAGAGGGAAUGGAAAAUGCGUCUGAAAAUCAGCAGGAGAAAUUCGUUUCCAAAAUAUGUAGCAAUAUUGUGACCCUGUUAUCGUAUUGUUACAACUUUGGUUUUGUAUCAUGCCGCUUGGUUUAUGAUAUUAUUCGUAUAUCCGUAGCAGAUCCUAAUGAAUUCGCUACUGAAUUGCUUCUAAGGGUUAUAUCCGUUUCAGGGCAACUAAUCCGUGGUGAUGAUCCCUCCGCUUUGCGAGAUAUACGAUCUGAACUGCUAAACAAUGCCAAGAAUUUAGAGCAGCAAAGUCCAAGACUAAGGUUUUUAAUGGAUACUAUGACUGACUUGAAAAACAACAGAUUGAAACCUUCAAUUUUGGCGGCUGACCACCAUCCUUUAAAAAAGAGUUUGCAAAGUGUUUUAAGAUCAUCGUCUUCUCAAGAACCUUUGCAAGUUUCUCUCGACGAUAUCAAGCAUAUUGAUACUAAGGGUAAAUGGUGGCUGGUUGGUGCUUCUUGGAAAGGAAACAUGGAAAAUGCUUUCGAGGUUUCAAAUGAUAAUAAUGAAAAUAUUGGUAAAUCCAAGAAAGCCAAAGUUCUAAUAGAGGACGAUCUUCUCGAUGAUAUUCCCGAUUGGAGCGUCAUUGCCAGACAACAGCGUAUGAACACCGAUAUUCGUAGGGCUAUAUUCAUUAGUAUUAUGUCGGCGCAAGACUAUCUAGAUGCAUUUGGCAAGCUUGAAAAGUUAAGCUUAAAAAACAAACAAGUUCUUGAAAUCCCGAGAGUUAUUCUACAUUGCCUUUUGGCUGAUAGUGGGUCCAAUGGUUAUAAUCAUUAUUACGCACUGGUCGCAAAUAAAAUUUGUGAAAGAUAUAGUCAUUUAUCAAAAUCAUUUCAAUUUUUAUUUUGGGAUGUGAUAAAGAAGUUUGAGGAGAAGUCAGGAUCCGAUUCUGAAAGUGAAGCAGACGAGGAAGAUGAUUUGGACGAUAACAAGAAACUAGUUAGUAUUUCAAAUCAGGGAAGAUUUUUCGGAUCAUUGCUCGCUAAUGAUAUUCUAAAACUGGAUGUUUUCAAGCACGUUUCAUUCAUGGGUGGGUUAAAUACAGAGGGAAUGUUAUUUAUGGAGAUAUUACUGUUUCAGCUAUUAUUAGCUGUUGCUAAGAAAAGUGAAACAAAAUUGAAAAAAGAUGAAAACGGAAAUAGACGCACAACCUAUUCCAAUGAUCAUUUGCGUGAUGUUUUAACAAAAAAUGUCAAAUCAGAGAAUAUGCCUUUUAUUCUUAAAGGUUUGAGGUGGUUCAUUAACAAGAAGUUUAAGUAUCAUAAUUUCCUCUCGGGCAAAAGGGGUGAUAAGGCUUUCGAUAGAGAUGAAAGAAGAUUGGCUUGGGCUUCAAAGACAGCCAAAUCUAUUUUAGAUAAGGAGUUGGAACAGGCUGAUUUGUAA